AUGAAUGUGGUGGGUAAAGUAGGCAGUUUGAUCACUCAAGGUGUGUUCUCGGUUGCCACGCCGUUUCAUCCGUUUGGUGGUGCAGUGGACAUCAUAGUUGUUGAGCAGAGUGAUGGAACUUUUAAGAGCACACCUUGGUAUGUAAGAUUUGGUAAAUUUCAAGGUGUCCUUAAAGGGGCAGAGAAGAUUGUGCGAAUGGAAGUUAAUGGUGUCGAAGCCAAUUUUAACAUGUAUCUCGAUAAUUCUGGUGAAGCUUAUUUUAUUAGAGAAGUAGAUCCAGGACAGGAUGGUUUUAAAAAGGAGCUGGAAAUGCUCGAAGAGAGAAGGGAGGAUAAUAACAAUGGUUGCAGUACGAGUGACAGUUGUCUUCAGGAAAGCGACAUUCUUAAUCAAGAUGCACCUGACUUUACAAAUGAUGAUGUAGAGGUGCGGGAUGAGCGACACACACUAGGUAUGGACUGGUUAGAUAGAGUUGAUUCUGAUUGUGGGAGGAUAUACUAUGAGAUGCAAGAUGAUGAAAGAUCUUCUUUGGAGGGGUCGUCACUUGAAUAUUCUGAUUUUGGGGGUUCAAGUAGUGCAUAUGAAACAAAUAUAGAGGAUGUCCAACAUGCAAUAGAAUCACAGGAUUCAAAUUCAGAGGUCGUUUUGGUAAGUGUGGAUGGGCAUAUACUUACAGCACCUCUAUCAUCGUCUGGGAGGAAAGAUGACGACGAAGAAUUCAGUUCCCUGCAAUUGAAUGCAAGCCCUGAUGAAGGGACUGAAAAGUAUACCAUAGCUGAAGAUGGUGGUGACUGUUUGAAUGAGUCUGAAGUUACGACUGAAAGCAAUUGCGAGGGGAACUCUGAGACUCUAUCUUCUGCACAUGACUUAGAACCAUCUGUAGGUGAUGAUGGCGAGCAUACGUGUGAUGGGCAAGAUGCCAAGGUGUUAGAUGAUCAGGAUAAAGGGCCUUGUGCCGAACACAAUAGUGACAUUGUCAGGACUUGCUUGGAGCUUGAAAAUUUGGAGGAGCAGCCCCCAAUUGACAACCAGGAAAAUGUGGAUGCUUCAGUGAAUAGUCCCGAGGCCAUAGAUGAAUCGAAAGAGAACUCUCAUUUAAGCCCUUCAACGGAUAAAACUGAAGGGGAGAAUCUUGAAACAUUGAGAGAUAAUGACGAAUUGUCCCCCAAGGAUUCUGGAAACCUCCUCGGCGUCUCUUCACCAGUGGUUGAAGCUACAAGUGAUGCAAGAACUGCUUCUGAUAUGGAACGUGAUGGUUCUGAUAAUGCCCCUGUUCAAUCUGUUGGCAAUGAUGAGGACCCGCCGCAACAAGUGGAAGGAGAUGUGUCAGACAGAAGUAUGCACAACAAUGGGGAGAGUUGUUUUUCAGAUGAAAAUGGUGAAACUGAACACUCAGAACCUGAAAAUGGCAAAAACGAACACGCAGAACCUGAAAAUGGUGAAAAUGAACACGCAGAACCUCACACUGGUGAAGAUGGACACACAGAACCUGAAAGUGGUGAAAGUGAACAAGCAGAACCUGAAGAUGGACACGCAGUACCUGAAAGUGGUGAAAAUGAACAACCAGAACCUGAAGAUGGACACGCAGAACCUAAAAGUGGUGAAAAUGAACAACCAGAACCUGAAGAUGGACAUGCAGUACCUGAAAGUUGUGAAAAUGAACAACCAGAACCUGAAGAUGGACAUGCAGUACCUGAAAGUGGUGAAAAUGAACAGCCAGAACCUGAAGAUGGACACGCAGAACCUGAAAGUGGUGAAAAUGAACAAGCAGAACCUGAAAAUGGUGAAAAUAAACACGGAGAACCUCAAACUGGUGAAGAUGAACAUGGAGAACCUGAAAAUGGUGAAAAUGAAUGCCCAGAAUCUAAAAUUGGUGAAGGUGAACAUGCAGAACUGGAAAAUGGUGAAAAUGAACGCACUGAAGCUCCAACUGAUGAAGAUGAACACCCAGAACUUGAAAAUGGUGAAAAUGAACAUGGAGAACCCAAAAGUGAUGAAAAUGAACGCCCAGAAGCUCAAACUGGUGAAGUUGAACACGCAGAACCUGAAAAUGGUGAAAAUGAAUGCGCAGAACCUCAAACUGGUGAAGAUGACCACACAGAACCUGAAAAUGGUGAAAAUGAAUGCGCAGAACCUCAAACUGGUGAAGAUGAACACACAAAACCUGAAAAUGGUGAAAAUGAACAUGCAGAACCUGAAGCUGGCAACAGUGAACUUGCAGAACCUGAAAAUGGUGAUUUGCUUAAAGAUAUCAAUUCAGAUGUACUUACAAGAUUAGACCUGUCUCUCUGCGGGCACUUGCUGUCUGCUGGGAUGGGUUUAAAUGCAGCACAAGAAGCCUUUGAAGCAAACCGUAUACCAUUGGAAGAAUUUAAACUUGCAGCCAAAUCGAUUGUGAAGAAUGCGAGCCUAAUUGUUAGAAUAAAUGGGCAGUAUGUACCAUGGAGUAAGGCUGAACGUGUCAUUCUUUGUAAGACAGAUUGUGGUCCAGAUCUAUCAGUUGAUCCACAUGAUGUAAUUCCGGUAGAACAGGAGACACAAAAAACCAAGGAAGGUAAUCCAGCACCAUCACGGGGAUGGAGUCUCUGGUCGACAUUUAGGAGGGUGAAGACACCUGAGAAAGGCCAGAAUAACUCGUCUAAUGUGGUAGUAUUAGCUGAACCCAACUCUGAAUCAAAUAGCCAAUUUUCACUUUCAACUCCCACUGCCCGUGCAUUCACUGAUUCUCCUCGAAAACAAAUCAUAAGAACCAAUGUUCCCACAACUGAGGAGAUUGUAUCUUUGAAUCUGAAAGAGGGACAGAAUAUGAUAAACUUUGUGUUCUCGACUAGAGUUCUUGGGUCCCAAAAGGUUGAAGCUCAUAUAUACCUGUGGAAGUGGAACACACGAAUUGUAAUUUCUGACGUGGAUGGCACAAUUACCAAGUCUGAUGUUCUUGGUCAGUUCAUGCCUCUGGUUGGAAAAGACUGGACACAUUCAGGGAUAGCUCGUCUUUUCUCUGCAAUAAAGGAGAAUGGAUACCAGCUCCUAUUUUUGAGUGCACGCGCAAUCGUUCAAUCCAAUUUAACCAAAAGCUUCUUGUUCAACCUGAAGCAGGAUGGGAAGAGCUUACCGAUCGGACCUGUUGUUAUUUCCCCAGACGGCUUGUUUCCAUCCUUGUACAGAGAAGUAAUAAGAAGAGCGCCUCAUGAAUUCAAGAUUGCCUGUUUAGAGGACAUCAAGGCACUAUUCCCUCCAGAUCACAAUCCAUUCUACGCCGGAUUUGGAAACAGGGACACUGACGAGCUCAGUUACCGGAAGAUUGGGAUCCCCAAGGGCAAAAUCUUUAUAAUUAACCCCAAGGGAGAAGUGGCGAUAAACAACCGAAUUGAUGUGAAAUCAUACACUUCGUUGCACACACUCGUACACGACAUGUUCCCACCAACGGAACUGCUCGAACAGGAAGAUUAUAACUCGUGGAAUUACUGGAAAAUGCCGUUGCCCGACAUCGACAACUUGUAGAAAAGAAGCUUUAGCUCAGGCCCGGAGAUACUGGGCAGAUUUUUGCGCCACCGGUAUUCUUCUUCUCCUGCUCCCCGUACGUACGUUCAAUGAAUUUUUUGUCGCCUUUCUUCCUCCGGCUAUAUUGCGUAUCAGUAAGUACAGUAGAGAACAUUGAAUUUUUGGCAAAUGUAGAAAACCAUUCCUGUAAUCUAAUCAUGUUGUACGCCAUUGAUGCCUUAUGAAGAAGUUAGAAGUUCUCUGGUGAAUAAAGCAGUUUUUGAUGAUGAAA